GUUUGCGGAUGGGUUUGUGAUUCGGUGUUUGGAAGGAGAACUGGAGAAUGUGUAUCCAGACUGUGGGUUCCUGCUCAGGCUGGAGGGGAGAGCAGCGGACACCCCGAUCCCUUCCCGGGACGACAGGUGUUCCGUGUGAACAGUGACUUCAGAUCCCAAAAUGCCGAGCUGUGGAUAGAGAGGCUGCCCUGUGGGUCACGCUGACCUGUGUCUACCCCCCUGCACCCCCUCUCCUCAUUUCCUAAUUCCUUGUUUCCUUUUCUCCUUUGAUUAAUAUCCCCCCUCUUCCUCCCUGCACUCGUUCUUCCUGUCUCUUACUUUGCCCUCUUCUCCAAGUCACCUCUCCUUUCCCCUUCUUUUUUCCCCUCUUCCCUCCAUCGCAAUCGGCCUCUAACCUCCCCUUCUCCUCCCUCCUAUCCUCUCUCCUUCCCUCAUUCUCUUCGCCUCUCCCCCCUCCAAAACCCACCACCUCCUCCUCUUCCUCCCCCCACAGCACACAUGCAGGCCAAGAAGCGGUACCUGCUCGUGUCUGUGGGGGCCGGUCUUCUCUUCCUCGUCUAUCUGUGGGGUCUGCAAAUCGGGGAGUUGCAGCAGCAGCAGCAGUCGUACCAGUAUCGCCAGUUACCCCAGUACCCCCAGUAUCACCAGCAGCAAUACCAGUACUACCACCAGAAUCAGGACGUGUACCAGCCCCAGCCCCUGCCCCAGAGGAGCCCGUCCAGACCGCCCAGGCACUGGCCGGAGACGACCAAGCUGCUGGAGCCGUACCUGGAGGGGGGAGAGCAGGAGGAGGACAGCCCUCAGCUCCAUCACCAGCACACCUCCCCUCGCGAACGCCGGGCGAUCCGCGACAACAUCUACAAGAACAAGCGCUGCCGCAUGGAAACCUGCUUUGACUUUGCUCGCUGCCAGUCAGGCUUCAGGGUUUACAUCUACCCUCCGCAGAGAGGAGACGAGAUCUCAGAGACCUACCAGAAGAUCCUGUCGUCCAUCGAAGAGUCUCGCUUCCACACCAAAGACCCGUCGAGGGCCUGUCUGUUUAUUUUGGCAGUGGACACGCUGGACAGGGACCAGCUCUCUGCUCAGUUCGUCCAGAACGUGAGGUCCCGCAUCCAGAGUCUGCCCACGUGGAACGAUGGCAGGAACCACCUCAUUUUCAACCUCUACUCUGGCACCUGGCCGGACUACACAGAGGAUCUGGGCUUCGAGGUGGGCCAGGCCAUGCUGGCAAAGGCCAGCGCUGACGUGGUCAACUUCCGCACAAACUUUGAUAUUUCCAUCCCUCUGUUCUCCAAGGAUCACCCGCUAAAAGGAGGGGGUAUGGGUUAUCUGACACUCAACGAUGCGCCGCCUUCCAGGAAGUACCUGCUGGUUUUCAAGGGGAAGCGCUACCUAACUGGCAUCGGCUCUGAGACGAGGAACGCUCUAUAUCACAUCCACAAUGGGGAAGAUAUUAUUCUCCUGACCACAUGUAAACAUGGCAAAGACUGGGAGAAACACAAGGACUCUCGCUGCGACAGAGAUAAUGAAGAAUACUCAAAACAGCACAUCGAUACAGACAUCACCCAGUGCAGUCGAGAGGGUGGGGGUGGGGUUCCUGCUGCGAGGCUCCCUGAUGGGAACAAAAACCAACGAGGAUCCCGAAGCCUCGGGGUGGUCGAUAAUUGCCCUCCAAUUGAAUUAAGCUGCGAAUGA